AUGGAGCGGCUGAGCAAUCGGAUCUUCUUUCAUUUCUCCCUUAUUUCGUCAUUGCUCAUCAGCCUCUUUCUCUUGCUCUCUCUUCGCAUGGCCCCCUCGAAAAUUGCUGUAUCUAUCGAAUGUACUGGCCAUUCUGCUCUGCUCUGCAAUCUUGCUCAUUUCCGCCGUGGAAACAGUGGACUCGCACUCAGCAACGGUUGUUCGCCAAAAAAGCUUCUUCUUCUCUUUCUUCUUCCCUUCCAGAAGGCAUUUGUCAACCGGGCUUUCCCAUUACCAUUUUCCUCCACGUCCAUAUCAGAUUUGUUUGUAUCUUUACCACUUUCUUGGCACCGCCAUUGCAGUCCGUCGACUCGAGAGCCGAUCUGUUGCCUCGUCUAUUCCAUUGUUUUGCUCUGCAUGCAGACACGGGACCCUGGAGAAUGCCCCAAUGACCCUCCGUAA